AUGCAACCAGGCUACGCACUGAGUAACAAUAAGUCAAAUGGAAAUCGUGGAUUCUGUGUUGAAGACUUGGGCUUGAGGCGUUCCCUCAAGAUGUCUGUUUUCUUUCUUUUGCUGCUUCUUUCACUGUGGCUGCUGACUCUUGCUGAAUCCAAGGCAAACCAUAUCAUGUGCAACGUGAAUGAUCCCCUCCCUAUUGUGCAUGAAUACUAUCAGCCAGGAGACCUUGCCAUUGGUGGGAUUGUCUCUCAGCUUUUCUCCAUUGCUGACCUUCUGUCUUUCAUGGAAGACCCUAAAAUCAAGCCGCUUGAUGAGCCCAUUUCAGCGCCAAAGAACUACCAGCAUGUCCUCUCUUUGGUAUUUGCUGUGAAGGAAAUCAAUGAGAAACCAGAGAUAUUACCCAAUGUCACCUUGGGGUUCCACAUCUAUGACAGUUACUUUGAUGCGAGGUUGACUUAUCAAAACACCAUGAAUCUCCUGUCCACCAGGCAUAGGCCUGUUCCCAACUACAACUGUGGCAGUCCGAAGAAUCUGGUAGCUGUCAUUGGGGGACUUGACUCAGAAACCUCCUUGUACGUAGCCAACAUCAUAGGCACCUACAAGAUUCCUCAGGUCACUUACUGCUUCCUUCUUCCAGUGAUAAAUGACAAAACCAAGUUCCCUUCCAUUUACCAGAUGGUCCCUAAAGAAAUGUAUCAGAACUCUGGAAUUGUCCAACUUCUACUGCAUUUCCAAUGGACGUGGGUUGGGAUCAUUGCCAUGGAUGAUGACAAAGGGAUACAUUUCAUGCAAACAUUGACACCAAUGCUUUCCCAGAGUGGCAUCUGUGCAGCAUUCACUGAAAGAAUACGGCCUACAUCUUCAGUCUAUGACCUUGUAUCCCUAAUGGGAGACAUGGAGAACAUGGCAUCUCUUCUAAACAUGACCAAUGUCAUUAUCGUAAAUGCUCAUACACAUACUGUGUUUGCUUUGACUGCAUUAAUACUACUGGGAGUAAUAGCAGAAGUAGAUAUGACAGGUAUAAGCAAGGUGUGGAUUAUGACUGCUGAAUGGGCGUUCACAUCAAACACAUUUCAAGGGGGGAUAGAUUCUCAAGUCUUCCACGGUGCCUUAUCCUUCACAAUUCAGUCACGUCAGCUAUUGGAGUUCCAAUAUUUCCUCCAGGGCCUCAACCCCCACUAUCCAAAAAGAGAUGGUUUUCUCAGGGUCUUCUGGCAGCAAGCAUUCAAAUGUUCACCUCUAGAUUCUAAUCUGGAUGAGGAGAACACAGAAAGCUGCAGCGGAGAGGAGAAGUUGGAGCACCUUCCUGGGCCGUUCUUUGAAAUGAGUAUGACUGGACAAAGCUACAGCAUCUACAAUGCUGUCCAAGCUAUAGCACAUGCCAUAGAUGCCAUAGGCUCAUCCAGGCCCAAACCAAGAGAAAGGUGUGAGCUUUCAAACUUGCAACACUGGCAGCUUCACCCAUUUCUGAGGAGCACCUCAUUUAACAACAGUGCGGGAGAGAAAGUGUUUUUUAACAGCGAUGGUGAAUUAGCAGCUGGAUUUGACAUUAUCAACUGGGUCACUUUUCCAAACCAAUCCAUUAUUAGAAUAAAAGUUGGACAUAUGGAUCCCCAAGCUUCACCAGGCAAAGAGGUCACCGUUAACAAGAAGAUCAUCACAUGGCAUAGAAAAUUUAACCAGGUCUUGCCGCUUGCUGUGUGUAAUGAGCCCUGCCAUCCAGGAUACAGCAGGAAAAAGAAAGAAGGCAAGCAGUUUUGUUGCUAUGGUUGUGUGCCGUGCCCAGAAGGGAAAAUUGCAGACCGGAAGGAUAUGGAUGACUGUUUCAAAUGCCCGGGAGACCAAUAUCCAAACAAGGACCACAGUCACUGCCUCCAUAAGAUGCCAAACUUCCUUUCUUAUGAAGAACCCUUGGGAGUCAUUUUAGUUGUCUUGGCUUUGUUUUUUUCUCUCAUCACAGCUUUGGUGAUUGGAAUAUUCAUUAAACACAGGAACACCCCCAUCGUCAGAGCCAACAAUCGGAACCUCUCUUACUCUUUGCUCUUCUCUCUCUUCUUCUGCUUCCUCUGCUCCCUGCUCUUCAUUGGGAGACCUCACGCAGUGACUUGCUAUCUACGACAAACGUCUUUUGGCAUCAUCUUCUCAAUGGCUGUCUCUUCCGUGUUGGCAAAAACUAUCACGGUUGUUCUGGCAUUCAUGGCCACCAAGCCUGGAAGCAGGAUGAGGAAGUGGGUGGGGAAAAGACUGGCAAAUGCUGUUGUUCUUUCCAGUUCCCUUAUUCAAGUCGGGAUUUGUGGGGUGUGGCUCUGUGUUGCUCCUCCAUUCCCAGACUUGGACACUCAUUCUCUGGCUGAGGAAGCUGUGGUAGAAUGUAAUGAAGGGUCACCCAUCAUGUUUUAUUGUGUUCUUGGGUACAUGGGAUUUUUGGCUCUUACAAGCUUCGUGGUGGCUUUCUUUGCUAGGCGCUUGCCCAGCACUUUUAAUGAAGCCAAGUUCAUCGCUUUCAGUUUGUUGGUCUUUUGCAGUGUGUGGGUCUCUUUUGUCCCAACUUACCUAGGCACAAAGGGGAAAUACAUGGUGGCUGUGGAGGUUUUCUCCAUCUUGGCUUCUAGUGUUGGACUACUGGUGUGUAUCUUUUACCCCAAAUGUUACAUAAUUGUAAUGAAGCCUGAUCUGAACUGUAAGGAGCAGCUAAUAAAGAGAAAUAAAUAG